CAGCGGCGCACCGUCUGGUUGAACUUUCACCCCUGCGGUUUCUUUUGUUUUGAUGUCGCGGAGCAUUAUUUUCACCCACCGAACUCGGGGUUUUACUCUCGGCUAACAAAUGACACAGUCCUAAAUGAUACGCAUAAUAUGUUUCAAAUACGUCGAGCCAACUGUCGGUCAAACGUAAAGCUCGUUUAAAAUCUAUUUUUUAAAUCGCGAAUGGACUUUAGCUGCCCAGCAUCACCAUGCAGCUUUUUCCAGUCAGAUUUUUCUAAUAUCUCGUUAAAGAACGGGUCGUCAGUCAGAACAUCCGAACAACCGAGUGUGGUUUAAUAUUUUCUGACGCCCUUGAGAAGCCUGUUUGGUCACGUUUAAGACAGCAGAGGACGUCGGUGUAGAUCUUUCAAUGGGCGAGGAGAAGCCAGAACCACUAGAUUUUGUGAAGGACUUUCAGGAGUACCUGAGUCAGCAGACCCAACAUGUCAACAUGAUAUCAGGUUCUGUCAUCGGAGUGAAAGACAGUGAUGAUCUCCAAGGAGAACUUGGUCAAAAUGGCCAGGAGCACCCUGCAGUGGACAUGUCCUUAGAAGAUAGUUCAGGGAUGUUGGUGGAUGGCUUUGAGAGAACAUAUGAUGGUAAACUGAAGUGCCGCUAUUGCAACUAUGCCACCAGAGGCACUGCACGGCUGAUUGAACACAUUCGCAUCCACACAGGUGAAAAACCCCAUAGAUGUCACCUGUGUCCUUUUGCCUCAGCGUACGAACGCCACCUGGAGGCACACAUGCGUUCUCACACAGGUGAGAAGCCUUACAAGUGUGAGCUCUGCUCCUUCCGCUGCAGCGAUCGCAGUAACCUUUCUCAUCACCGGCGUCGAAGACACAAACUCCUCCCCAUGAAGGGGGCACGCUCCGCUCUCUCUCACCGAAAGAUGCUCAGUGUUUUACAGAAGAGAGGAAACUCACUUGGUUAUGGCCGCCGGCUGCUCAUCAACCUCAGCCCGCCAUCCAUGGUGUUGCAAAAGCCCAGCUCAGAGCAGCACCACUUGGGUGACUUCUCUCAUGAUCUCCCUCCUCACGCCCACCUCCAUCAGGAGGCCUAUAAUGGUCUAGGAAGGGAUGCACAAGUUAGUGGAGUAAUUGGAAGUGGCUCCAGGGAGGAGCAAGACAUGGCAUUGGACAACCCGCUGAACCAGCUUUCGACUUUGGCCGGUCAGCUUGCGAGCAUACCACCGGAGGCCCAAGGUGCACCGGUGUCUCCCGGAGCAGAAUCUCUACCAGACGAAAAACCCACAUUCCUCGUCCAACAGCCGGUGAUGGCACCUGCUGCCGUCUCUGUCAGCGCGGCUCAAGCUUCUUCUCCCAUCACCUCCGAGCCCAGACCGGCUGCGCACAGCGGCUGUAGUCCAGGAGUUGGACCCUGCAGCGAAAGAACCAGCACUCCCAGUGGUACCAACAGCCAGCCAGGGACGCCCACCCCAGUACAGGACCCCCAGAUGCUCCACCACUGUCCCCACUGUCACAUAUAUUUCCCCGACAACAUCCUUUACACCAUCCACAUGGGUUGCCAUGGUUACGAGAACCCUUUCCAGUGUAACAUAUGCGGACACAGGUGCAGAAACAGCUACGAUUUUGCCUGUCACUUUGCAAGAGGCCAGCACAAAUAAGGACACAUGGGUAUUGAUGUCCUCUUCUUUGCCCUCUUUUACAUAAUAAUAAAAUUAUGUUAUCUGGAACAUUCCAAAGACAAAAUCCCUGCUUUGUAAUUAUUGUAUUUGAACUGUUAUCAGUAUGUUUUGCUGAAGCAAAUAGUAUAGAAUACCCAAGACGUGUCACUCGUAUAAUAUUGAAUAAUAUUGAAUGGGGAAAAAUGCAACACUCAAUAUGGAAGCUUUAUCGAAGGAAGCCCCGCCUUCUGAGUAAAAGAGCCAAUCGCUAAUUGGUAAAGUCAUCGCAUCACUGCAGCUGCCUUUAGAAGUCCCGGUUGCUAUAGAAACAGUCAGCAUUUUGAGACGUGAGUUUAGGAUUGCACAUGCGCAUUGGCAUGAAAAAUAAAGUUUUUUUUAACACUAUUGGAGCAUAAGAAGCAACAUUUAUGAGAAGAUUUCAUUGGUAAUUUCAAAUAUGAAAUUUAAUCAUACGCUUAGCGAACAGUUUUGGAGAAUUUAAAGUUUCCCCAUUCAAAUACAUAGGAGCUGCACUUUCAUGCCCGAGAGGCAUUUCAAAGAUGGCCGCUAAGUGACAUGACUUGCCCUAAAGGGACUUUGGCUGAAGUCAGUAAUCCACAUUGAGAGUGUACAUUUUUUGGUCUUUAAAAAGGUUAGAAAUUUUGAUGCUAAUGGUGUCCUCACAUCAAAAACUAUCAUCCCAGAUUAUUCCAGUUCGAGAUCUUGAGAAUUUCAUCAAAUGUUCAGAUUUUGCCUCAGCUCUUUUGUAAAAGUGCCAGAGUUCAGUAAUUAGUGCCUACAGUUAUUUUCUGAAAGUUGAACCUUAAAAUUUUUUAUUAUUUUUAUUUUUCACAUUUCAAAUUCAGUGACAUGAGUGAUAGUAAAUGUAAUGGCUAUUCUUACACGUUGGAUUUAAAUGUAGUAUAAUUACAUUGCCAUAUUUAAUUUUUAAUUUUUAUUUUUUAAUUAAAAAAAAAAAAGUCAACAAGAUUGUGAUUAAAGAUGAAAAUUUAUAGCACAGGUAAGUUGAUUGUUUAGCAGUGAGAAAUAGUGCCCUGUAGGAUUGUUGUCCAAAUUUACUGUAGUAGCCUGAGGUCUUCUCUUUACUCGGCACCAUCGAACACAUGGCUGUAUACACUGGUUUUGUAAAGCAGUGUUGAUGAUUGUUUUGGGCAGUGUGAGCACACUGUUCUCUCUCUUUCAUUCUUUCUUCCUCAUCGCUACCACCAGUGCCAUGUUGUAGAUGUUAUUUGUAAUAUUUUUGGAAGCGUCUGUGGUGCUACUAUUUAAACAUUUCAUAUGCCUGUCUGCAUAAUGAACUAAAUUAUCAGAUAAGUAUUGUAUAACAUGUUUUGGUGGAUUUGAUGUUGAAUGUCAAUAAACCUGACUCAUGCGAUGUGUACUGAAA